AAAAAUGACUCAAAAAAAAGUUUAAAAAACAGCCGGAUCCUAACCUCUGCUUGGAGAGUACCUCAGGGUCACAUUAAGCUCCUCUACCACAUCCACCAUAUGGUAUCACUUUGGCACACCUCACACUGAAAAAUGUAGAGUUGUACUGAGUAUGACAAUGAAAUAUUCCUUCAUUUUAAUGUCAACAAAGGCAUUAGCAGGAUCGAUGAUGCAGCCUAAGUUUUUAUGUGCCAAGAACAUACAGCUAGUUAUGAUGUUGUGAAUAGGAUCUGGAGAUCAACUGCAGUCCUGAGCAUGUCUGUAUGGACUGUUGACAGUGAUAAAUUAGGUUUCAGAGGCAAUGCUGGCAGUUUAAUCUGAAAUUCUCACUCGCACAUGUGCCUCCUCUCACAGGAUAGGUUGCCCUCAUGUCUGCUUCUAUUCUGAGAUUCCCUUUCAUUGUAAUCAUAGUUUUUUUCAUCAUGGAGGCUGAAUCUGAACCCGAGUCAGAUUUCAAUGACUUUGGAGAAUCGUGUGGAGUAGACUGGGAGGAAGUAGAAGAAGUCCGUGCACGGACAUCCACUGUGUUUAGACACUUCCACAGCUCAACUUCAGGUUCUAACAUGGAACACACCGACGUGGAAACACCUGGAAACCAACGUUUGGAGACGAUGUUGCUUUUCGAUGGAGCACAAAUAACAUACGGUGAAAGUAUGGUAAUGCUAAUGGCCUGCGCGCUGAACUAUCACUUUCCCAGUGACGCACUCAGUGCCCUACUAAUUUUGAUGGGGCUCCAUUGUCACAAAGACAGCCUCAUGGUAACAUCUCGUCACGUAUUUGACAAGUUUUUCAGCUUGAAAAACUUGCAAUUCCCGGUCAUAAAGUGGAAAGUCUGCAGUUGUCUGGCCCUCAACCACCCAACCCGUCAGACUUGUAAGAAUCAGGCAUGUGGGAAGGACCUAUCUGGAUCAGACACUGUGUACUUCUUAGAAAUGCCGAUCCGUGACCAGCUGCAGUGUAUGUGCAAGCGUGAAGGAUUCUGUAAACUCAUUCGCAACCGAUUUGAGAGAACAAGAAAGGGGCAAAAUACGUAUGAAGAUGUAACUGAUGGAAGACAAUACAAGAAGAUAAAGGAGUUAAGAGACCGAAACAACAUGUCCCUAAUGAUGAAUACUGAUGGUGCUCGAGUCUUCAAGUCAAGCAAUUAUGGAAUCUGGCCCAUAUAUUUCACAGUUAAUGAACUACCAUACCAUCACAGGACCAAGCGGGAGAACUGCAUCUUUGCAGGGAUAUGGUUUGGAAAUCUGAAGCCUCCAAUGCACGCAUUUUUGGAACCCUUUGCUAGGUCACUUGUUGAUCUUCAGAAAGGUAUUGAGGUACACCCACCAAAUGAGAACAGCUACACUACCAAAGUGUUCCUGGUUGGGUGCACAGCAGACAUGCAAGCGAAAGCUUUGCUUAUCAAUAUGAAGCAACACAACGGCAAAUAUGGGUGUCCCAAGUGCCUACAGCCUGGUACCCAUACUGGUCACAAGCACCAGUACCCAUUCAGCCAAGACAACCCAAAGGGCCCCCUGCGUACACAUCGAGACACCAGAGCCCAUGCUGCAGCUGCAGUGGAAGGAAACACAGACUCUGAGUGCUUUGGAAUAAAGGGUCGUACAUGGCUGACCAUAGUACCAUACUUUGAUCUUAUCGCAGGGAUGGCAGUAGAUUAUAUGCAUAAUGCACUACUUGGAGUAACAAAACGUCUGGUCCGAUUUUGGUUUUCUGAAACCCCUGCGAAUAAGACAAAGCCAUGGUACUGUGGUCAUGCUGUACAUGAUGUGGAUGACAUGCUGGAAAGAAUUCAGCCACCCAUGGAAAUCCACAGGAGGCCUAGAAGUAUUUCCUCUCAACUACAACACUGGAAAGCUUCGGAGUUUAGGGCGUGGCUACUCUAUUACUCUCUUCCCAUCAUGCUGAACAUCUUGCCAGAGGCGUACUAUGAGCAUUACACACUACUUGUGAUGGCAAUUCACACUCUCCUACAAUCAUCCAUUACAACAGACGAUGUUGACAGGGCAGAGGCACAACUUGAACAGUUUGUGGGCCAGUUCGGAAACUUGUAUGCAACUUCAGAACUAGUCUGCAAUGUGCACAGCCUGCUACAUUACGCAGACAAUGUCAGGGACCUGGGUCCACUUUGGGCGAACUCCUGUUUUUAUUUUGAAGACCUCAACGGACAGAUCAUAAAGAUGGUUCAUGGGACAAAUGGCAUUGUUGAGCAGAUCAUGAGAGCAGUGUCAAUAAUGCAAAAGUUCCCAGAAGUUACAAGGGACUGUUUCAAACCUGACAGUCCAGCACAUGCCUUUCUCCAGAAGAUUUGGGGGCAAAGCAACCCAGAACACAAGUCAAAUUACCAUCGAAUAGCAGAUGACUGUUUUGCCGUUGGCUUCAUGAAGAAAGACAAGCAAGAUGGGAAAGGACUGCUUGUUGAGGACCACUACAAUGCAAUUACAGCAGCUACAGGACAACCAUUAGGAGAUUUGGCUACAUAUGACAGAAUGAUGAUCCAUGGAAUAAUCUACCACUCUAAGGCAUACAGAAGGGUUCAGAAACACAAUUCUUUCACUGUUGUAUUUGGAGAUGACAAGUGUGUUGGGGAAAUUAUUUGCUAUGUGCAACAUAGUGCUAAGUCCUGCACAUGUGUGGACCCUUGUCAGUGUGUCGCAGUAGGACGACACUAUGCUAUAGUACAUGUUUUGGAGGCCAUUCCACCUGGGGAAGAGCACAACAAUGAAACAACCCUUUUCUCUGUCCCACAUAUUAACAGGCACAAGCCCUCUGGAACCUAUGUAGCUAUAGCCUUCAACCAAAUCAACACAAAGGUAGUAUCAAUGACCCUGAAUAACUCCAUAUACACAGCAGAAUUCCCAAACAACAUUGAGAAAGAGUAACUCUUCCCCAGGUGGAAUGGCCUCCAAAAUAUGUAGAGUCCAUUCCAAGUCACUGUGAGGGUUGCCAUUGUCAUCAAUUCUUUUCAAUUUUAUGUAUAGGAUAUUUGAUAUUUUGAAAUAUUUUGAAUUAUAUUUCAACUUUCUAAAAUGUUUUCCUGGCUGUGUGAAACCUUUGAAAUAUUCAGGAUGUGGAACAGAAUACUUCUAACAAAUUGUAAAUAAUGGUAACAGCGUAUUGCCAUUAUUUACCAUUUUCUACCAUUUCUUGUAACAGUGGACUGGGAAGAAAGCAAUUUGCACAUCCCUGCAAAGUGCAUGUUUGUGUAUGGUUGGGUGUCAUACAGCAAUAACUCACCAUAAAGGACCCAACAGUGCUCAGUAGUGAAGUCUAAAAAUAUCCGAGGCUGACAAAACUUUUAUUAGGGCAAUCAACUAUUUCUACCAUUUGGCGAAGUUUACCAUUUUUUGUCAAUAUUUCUAAAAGUGAAAGAAUCCUGCAGAUAUUUGAAAAUUAUUGGAAAUAAAGAAAUUUUUGUGCGAUCUCUUUCAAAAUGCUUCCGAAGUAUUCAAAGGAAUUUAGAUAGAUUCAAAUUUCUCCAUUAAAUUAAAAAAAAAAUUAUAACUGCUGGGGCUUAUAGAUAUUCUUUUGUUCAAAAUAAUUCAAACUUUUGACGAUUCUUGUCUAAAAACCCUCAUGAUGUCUUGGAAUGGACUCUACUGUACACAUGUACAGCAUUGCUUGGUCAAAUCUUAACUAUUUUACUUUCCAAUAUGUAUUUUUUGUUGCUUGCAAAAGUGAAUGCGUUUUCAAUUCUGUUCAAUGGCCUCCAUCUCAUGUUUACGCAUAUUCUAUUCAAUGAUUUAUUGUCUGUGCACUUUUUACAGUGAAAUAUUGUACAUAUGUUGUGGACUUAAUCAUUCUAGCUUAUGUUAUAUCAUGAUACUUUCAUUUCUUAUGCUCACAUGAGAAGCAAACACACUUGUCAUCUUUAAAUACAACAGUGAAAGAAUUGCAGUUUUUCUAGUUAACUGUACUUGUAUUAAAUUGUUCUGCCUGAGUUUAUUCUAAUGAUACUGAAGAAGAGUGAUGGAUGUCAGUCUUGAAACGUCCGGAAGUAAAUGUUUUUUUUGUUAAUCCAGUUGUAGAGAUUGAAUUGUAUUUGAAGAUCAUUUCUCCAAUUUAUUCAUCUGUGUUUUUUUUUGUGUAGAAUGGAAAAUAGGAACUCUAAAGUUGAUGAUAGCUUGAUACAGUGAAAAAGUUUUGAAUUGUUCUAAAGCUACUAAACUUUACCUGAAACUUAUAUGAAGUCAAUUGAAGGUGGUUUCAAAUUGCAAUAUCUUCAAAAUGAUGCAAAUAUUUCCAAAAUAUUGCACUGCUUGCCAACUUGAUAUUCCUAAAUACCCUUUGUUUCUAAAAAACAAUGGAUGUAGCCUUAACUGCAUAUAAAGGUGAACUAACAUGAUUAUAUUAUAGAUAACAUGAAGUCUUUGUGUAUUUGUUUUGCAACAUGUUUUAAAGAAAUGACAUUGAUAAUCAUUGCUCAGUUUGUCCAUCUCAUACAGUUACGGGACUUCUACUGUAUUUGUUAAUUAUUACAUGGUCUAACUUUAGGACACUGACUGCUCAAAUAAAUCACUUGGUGUGUCUUUUCAUCAAUCUGUACUCAUGUCAAAGUAACAGAGAACUUAAGUAUAGCUUAUGUCAUUGAAUAAAGGUUUGCAUGUCACCUCAGAAAGGAAUUUACAUGUAGGAGUAUGUUUGAAUGAGAGUUACUGAGUUAUUAAUGAGAAAUUUCUUGCCAACAUAUAAAAAAGAUUACUGUAAAUGCAGAAACUUUUGCAGAGGUUUUAUAUUGCAGUGGUUUAAUGUUCGCAGUUUUUGUGGUGGCCGCUUCACCACGAACUCAAAACCACCGCAAACAUUUUCCUUAUAAUCUUCUGCUUGCGCCACCUACAGCCCUUCUUGCUAUAAUUAAAUGAAUGAAUGUUUGCGGUACCAUGCUAUGAUGAAGAGACAUGAAUACUUACAAGACACAUUUGAUUUUAGUUUGCAUUCAUUCAUUUUUCCAUACAGGGAACAACGGAGGCUAAACCAGAUAGUGAGUGUGUGUGUGUGUGUGAUACGACCUACUGUAUAACAUCAUGAUUGUAGAAAAGUAGUAUAAUUUGUACUUCUUAUUCAGAGGGUAGAUAUUGUUGUCAGAUCAGUGACAGGUGAUCACGCCAGCACUGUCUACUUCUACACAGUACUGGACAAAAGUGGACUGUUCUGUUUGUUUGUAGCAUCCUUGGUGAGUCACCAGUAAGUGGUUUCUGACUAGCAGUUCGGAGGCGCUGGGUUUUCCACAGUAUGUGAUUACAGUGCAGCACUGUAAAUGCAUUCAAACUCACAAGAUAGUGCUACUGCAAAUUCAAAACCACUGCAAACAUUCCAUUUACAUGCUACAGCAAAGGGAAAUCCCCACAGACUUAAAUGCAUUUACAGUAUAAUAUUAAUAAGAUGAGUAUGACCAACAUUUUACUGCAAUGUGAAUAACUUCAAAACAAACCAGUUAUGUAAAUGACCAUGUAACGUUAUAUGUACAAGGAUAGGUAGAUUCUAAAAAAACAACAUUUUGUUAUGGCAUUUAUAUAAAAGAAAGUUCAUUCUAAUAUGAAAUGACUUAGAUUUGCCAGAAAGGUACACAUGUACAUUGUACAGGCUCACAUCUGAAAUACCUCACUUUGUUAUUUAGUUUUGUUCAUCUGAAAUACCUCACUUUGUUAUUUAGUUUUGUUCAUCUGAAAUACCUCACUUUGUUAUUUAGUUUUGUUCAUCUGAAAUACCUCACUUUGUUAUUUAGUUUUGUAUGAGCAAAAUGUUUUAGAUUAGAUAUGUAUCACAGUGUGAUAACAAAAGGUGUAGAAGUUUGACCUCAGAGUGUAAUGCUUGAGACAAAGCUUUUAAAAUCAUUAAAUGACAGUUUUAGUAUUCUACAGUAUGUCUUGGGAUUUACCACUAGUCAAACCAAACUAUUUCAGUGUCUCCUUCUGAAGUCAAAGUCCAUGUUCUGGAUGGCAAAGUCCACAACAACAAACAAGGAAGAUUUUUUUUCCCAGAUCAGCUUUUUGAACAACUCAUUGUCGCCCCUAAAAUCAGCCUGUUGCCUAUGGCUUGUCUAUCAAA